GAGCCGAGAGCGGAGCUCCGAACUGCCUGGAAACUUCUGUAGCGCUACGACUUGCCAGUUUCACUCCGGAGAACUUUUCUUUGCAGGAGGAGUGCAAGUGCCCCAGUUUUGCUUUCUUCCCCUCCUCCUUCUCCUUUCCUAUUCGCCUUCCCCAUUUGGAGCGAGCAGCUAAGGAUCGGCCACCCAGCGCGCCUUGCUGAGUGCUCGCUGCCACAGCCAGGUGACGCGCCAGCUUUCCCGGGAGCCGCUCGCUCCGCGUCCGAGUCCGGGCAGCCGAGGGGAGAGGAGCCCGCGCCUCGAGUCCCCGAGCCGCCGCGGCUUCUCGCCUUUCCCGGCCACCCGCCCCCUGCCCCGGGUCCGCGUAUGAAUCUCCUGGACCCCUUCAUGAAGAUGACCGACGAGCAGGAGAAGGGCCUGUCCGGCGCCCCCAGCCCCACCAUGUCUGAGGACUCGGCUGGCUCUCCCUGCCCCUCGGGCUCGGGCUCCGACACUGAGAACACGAGGCCCCAGGAGAACACGUUCCCCAAAGGCGAGCCGGACCUGAAGAAGGAGAGCGAGGAGGACAAGUUUCCCGUGUGCAUCCGCGAGGCGGUCAGCCAGGUGCUCAAGGGCUACGACUGGACGCUGGUGCCCAUGCCAGUGCGCGUCAACGGCUCCAGCAAGAACAAGCCGCACGUCAAGCGGCCCAUGAACGCCUUCAUGGUGUGGGCGCAGGCGGCGCGCAGGAAGCUGGCCGAUCAGUACCCGCACCUGCACAACGCCGAGCUCAGCAAGACCCUGGGCAAGCUCUGGAGACUGCUGAACGAGAGCGAGAAGCGGCCUUUCGUGGAGGAGGCGGAGCGGCUGCGCGUGCAGCACAAGAAGGACCACCCGGAUUACAAGUACCAGCCAAGGCGGAGGAAGUCGGUGAAGAACGGGCAGGCGGAGGCCGAGGAGGCCACAGAGCAGACCCAUAUCUCUCCCAAUGCCAUCUUCAAGGCGCUGCAGGCCGACUCGCCGCACUCCUCCUCUGGCAUGAGCGAGGUGCACUCCCCUGGCGAGCACUCCGGGCAGUCCCAGGGCCCACCGACCCCACCCACCACUCCCAAAACCGAUGUACAGGCGGGCAAGGCUGAUCUGAAGAGAGAGGGGCGCCCUCUGCCAGAGGGGGGCCGACAGCCCCCCAUCGACUUCCGUGACGUGGACAUCGGUGAGCUGAGCAGCGACGUCAUCUCCAACAUUGAGACCUUCGACGUCAACGAAUUCGACCAGUACCUGCCGCCCAAUGGUCACCCCGGGGUGCCGGCCACGCAUGGCCAGGUCUCCUACACCGGCAGCUAUGGCAUUAGCAGCACCGCAGCAACCCCUGGGAGCGCGGGCCACGUGUGGAUGUCCAAGCAGCAGGCGCCGCCGCCGCCCCCGCAGCAGCCUCCGCAGGCCCCCCAAGCCCCACAGGCGCCCCCGCAACAGCAGCAGCAGGCGCCCCCGCAACAGCAGGCAGCGCCCCCGCAGCAGCAGCAAGCACACACGCUGACCACGCUGAGCAGCGAGCCAGGCCAGUCCCAGCGAACGCACAUCAAGACGGAGCAGCUGAGCCCCAGCCACUACAGCGAGCAGCAGCAGCACUCGCCCCAGCAGAUCGCUUACAGCCCCUUCAACCUCCCGCACUACAGCCCCUCCUACCCGCCCAUCACCCGCUCACAGUACGACUACACCGACCACCAGAACUCCGGCUCCUACUACAGCCACGCGGCGGGCCAGGGCUCUGGUCUCUACUCCACCUUCACCUACAUGAACCCCGCCCAGCGCCCCAUGUACACCCCCAUCGCUGACACCUCCGGGGUUCCUUCCAUCCCGCAGACCCACAGCCCUCAGCACUGGGAGCAACCCGUCUACACACAGCUCACCAGACCGUAAGGAGACCUUGAACAAAGGGCAGUGAUGGCCGAGAUGAUCUU